AUGCAGCCUUUUCCAACACCCCAUAAGGGACCGCUAAGCACGGCUAAAUCCACGUCGAGUUCAAGUGGAGUCGUGUUCGGUAUCGUCUUCUGCAUUGUUGCUGCUCUCGCCAUCAUCUUCUUCUUGAUCAGCAAAUGCUCGAGCAGCGGGAAGCGCCGUCCUCAAACACAUUCCCAUGUCUGGGGGUCACCACGACGAGCCCGUUCAUCUGCUUCUACAAAUCUCGAUCUCGGUCCCCUUCGGUCGAGGAUACAUAGUACGCCACUCCGGCGUGAGACGAAAUCCUCAGCAACAUAUCUAUCUCGUCGCUCGUAUCCAGUCUCGCCUCAGCGAACGCUCUCAACCCCACCAAGGACUCAAUUCCUUCGCCACACCAGACCUCCAUCCAACGACCGCACGCCCCAAGAAGCCUACCCCCAACAUGUCCGCUUCGCACCCCUCCCCUCUCCCCCGGCUCCACGUACGCCCCCACUGCACCAUCCGCACCUCCACCGACCCUCCCUGCACUCCACACUCCCUCACGCAUCCUCGCUCACCCCGCCUCAUGUCACACCACCUGAGCGCGUAACCUGUACGCCGAGAAUACGUGUACCGUCUUCUCGAGGUCAGCGGGAAGACUGGGACGACGCACUUAGGCAUCCUAGUAAUGAGAAUGUGGACACGCUGCCGAGAUAUUCACCGUUGGCUUCUUCCUCAUUCGGUGUAUGA